UGUGAUUGGCUGAAUCACUUCCGGCUUCCCGUCGUUCAUUCACACACGUGAAGGUCAGCAAACUCGGCAACAUAUUUCUAUAAUUAAUAUAAAGAAUAGAGCUACAACAACAUAUUUGAAGAAACUAUGGACGGGCAAGGAGCAACCGCUGACCCUCAGCUUCAACAUUUCAUCGAAAUCGAGUCUCAGAAGCAGAGGUUUCAGCAGCUUGUGCAUCAAAUGACGGAGGUUUGCUGGGAAAAGUGCAUGGACAAACCUGGGCCCAAACUAGACUCCAGGACGGAAUCGUGUUUUGUGAACUGCGUGGAGCGAUUCAUAGACACCAGCCAGUUUAUUCUCAACAGAUUGGAACAGACUCAGAGGGGCAAGGGCGGGUUCUCGGACAGCAUGUUAGAAUAAAAUGUGUCGCUGAAAGGACGAGGAGGUUCACGCACAUCUGCAGCUUCUGAGUGAAGCUGUUGACCCUGAUGGAUCUCACAACUAAGAAAGAAGGAGAACUUUAGGGUUUAUUUCUGUCAAAAGUGCCUGAGACUAACACCAAGCAUGGAGUCGUACAUAAAUGUAGUGUUGUCCUCUGCUGGUAUGGAAGUAUUGCUUGGACUGGGGUGUCCUGGCAGCUGUGUCAGCUGAAGAAUUCAAGUAAAGUAACAGUUCGAGCUAUGUUGUUACUAUCCACUGGCAGAGGGACACAUCUGGGAACUUUUGGAUAUCGAGGACUUUACCACAAACCAGGACUCCUUCACGGGUUGACCGAACCGUGUGCACACACCCUGAAGGAUCUGAGCUGUACAUGCAAUAAAGAAAUGUCUGUCCAUCCACCAGAAAA